AUGGUGGCGGGCAAAGAGAGAAGAUGUACCAGAGAUGUGGGAAGACUUCAAGACCUCCCUCAAGCGAUACUUCAGACCCUCAACUCGAUUGUUCAAAGUGGUGUCUGAGUUGAUAAUGCUCAAGCAAAGGGGCUCUACACGAGAAUACAUGCAGAGAUUCUUGAUGCUAUUGCUUGACAUCCCCAUGAUGCCCGAAGAGCUUAGGAUAGAAUUCUUCCUAGUCGAACUACAACCAUAGGCAAGGAGAGAAUGCCUCAAGCACCAUGCCGACACCCUGAAUGAAACGUGUAGGAUUGUGAAGAGCCUCUAAGACUACUAUCGCAACCAACCUAUCUCAGAAGCUGUCUCGAGGGGCCGUAGCAGACAACAUGACUAGGGGAAUGGACAGCAAGGACAAAGAAGAGGACGUAUUAGUCAGACGACUCAGGCACUACUUGACCCAACCCGUCCAAGGAUGCGAAAAGAUCGUACGGAACGAGCUGCUUCAACUAUGGAGGACCACAUAGGAACUGGGACUACCCAAGCUUCAACAAGGGGGCACAGUUGAAUAUCAUCCAAUAGGGCAAUGACGAGGAGGAAAUCAAGGAAGGCAUCAACUCGUUUGAAAUUAUCAAUUGCCUGCAACCAAUACAAAGGCAAUCAGAAAAGAGCCUAGUGUAUGUCGAAGUCGAAGCUGAUGAAGAAACUGUUGCAGAAAUGGUGGAUAGUGGUGCCACGAGUAAUUUUAUUUCUCUUGAAGAAGUCCAGAGAAUUGGCCUCAAGGUGGAACCCACCAAGACAAGAUUCAAGGCAGCAGACUCCUCUACGCAAUCACUGAUAGGAGAGUAA